AUAAGAUAAAAUUCUUUAACAACGGCAAACUAUUAGAUUUUGACGCUUUUUAUUCUUAUGGUUACAUGAGACAAUAAAAUAAAGAAUAUUACCAAUAUAUAAUAAAUUCAGUAGAAGCAGCAAAUAAAAUAGUUUUUCAUAGUUUUAGAGUUAUAUAAAUUUUAGAAAAUAAAUUACUUUAAGCAAAUGCAUUUGCACAUGCAGGAGUUCCUAUUCCUAAGACAUUUUGUGGUUUUUACAUAGAUGCCGUUAAAUAAAUGUAUAAAUAAAACUUCACCAAAAAUUCAGUUAUUAAAACCCUUUCUGAUUAUGGUGGAGACGGCGUUAAAUUAUCAAAACACCCAGAUGAAGGAGUUACGACUGUUUCUAAAAUUCAAUGGGAUAAUAAAGCUACCUUAUCCCAAGAAUUUAUAGAUGAUACUUGGGGAAAAUCUAUUAGAGUAUUGGUUAUUAAUGGUAAAGGGUACGCCUGUGCUGAAUAUUAAGAUUUGUCUUAAGAUUUUAGAUCUAAUGUUAGUUAUCAUGAAAACUUUAAACUAGUUUCUAAAAUGUAAGAUCCUAGGUUAAAAGAAUAUUAUAAUAUUGCGGAAAAUGCAGUUCAUGCGAUAGAAGAUAAUAUUUUGAUUGCUGGAGUAGAUGUAUUAGAUUCUAAAAAGCAUGGGCUUGUUGUUCUUGAAAUUAAUUGCUGGCCUGAUUUGUAUGAUAUUUAAGAAGCUACUAAACUUGAGGUUUUUAAUUAUUUGGUUGAAUAAUUAUAUG